GUGGCAGCCUUCGUGAAGGUUUGGCCUCUUCCAUCAUGCGCCAGGUUUUCAGUGCCUUGAGGUACUGCCAUGAGCGCAACGUACUUCACAGGGAUCUGAAGCCGGACAACAUCAUGGUGCAACAUCACAGCUGCGAGACACCGCCCGCGACCCCAGCCAUGAUGGCGCCAGAGGUGAAGCUUAUCGACUUCGGCCUGGCGGUGAUCACGACCCGCGAGGUCCUGGGCCGUUCUGGUUCGUCAGUGAUAGGCUCUGAGGACUACCUGGCACCGGAGGCCAGGCAAGGCAGCCAUCUCCCAGCUUCAGAUGUUUGGAGUGCUGGCAUGGUGUUGCACGCAAUGCUGCGUGGCAGCCUUCCGAAAUGGGAAAACGACAAGGAGCUGGAUUUCGACACUGCGGGAUACAAGUCCCUAUCUUCCUCUGCCCGAGACCUGCUCAAAGGCCUCCUGGCCCUGGAUGCAGCGGAUCGACUUCCUGCAGCCGCAGCUCUGGCGCAUCCCUGGACCCAGGGUCUGGAGUCCCGAACGCCCAAGGACCUGACACCAACCUUGACCUCCUUCGUGGCUUUCCAUCGUAGCGCUAAACUCCGGCGGGCGGCAUUGGCAGCCUUGGCUACACAGCUUACAAGCUGGCAGCUGCGGGACCUUCGAGAACAAUUCUUACUGGUAGAUGCAAAUGGUGAUGGUCGGAUCUCAAAGGAGGACUUGACCAUGUCCAUCGCUCUUUCUUCCCCAGGUGGGGCUGCUGAAGAUGUGCGGCGUUGGGUUGAAACGAUCUUUGACUCUGUGUUCUUGGAAGGUGACCGAGAUAUCGAAUACACCGAAUGGCUUGCUGCUGUGCUGCAGCAAGGUGAGUAUGUGUCCGAGGAGGCCGUCCGGGCGGCUUUUCGCAUUUUCGACACAGAUGGUGAUGGCUUCAUCAACCAGGGUGAGUUGGGACAGGUACUUGCGCAGACGCCGGAGGAGGUUGCGGGCUUCUUCCCUGACUUUGACACAAAUGGGGAUGGUGUUUUGGAUUUCAACGAGUUUAAAGGUAUUUUCACAGGAGAUGCUGGAGGCGUCGGAGCCUCCCUGCACUGCGAGUUGCACUCGCCCUGUUACCGCAGCGUGGUGUCGCUUUGA